AAUUAAGUCUUAGUUGAUAAAACGACGAUAGUAGCUGAGAUUAACCAAACUUCACAUGGUUAACAGACAGGAACCUUUUAUCUUUACAGGAAGUUAAUGAUAAAACUUUGUUUUAUCUGUUUUACAGUUCACACGCACACACACACGUUCGACUUCAUGACUUGAGGGGACAUUGCAUUGAUUUACAUUAAUUUCCUGGAGAUUUACCCUGACCUCAACCAUAAUUACUAGUGGUUUAAUCCUAAUCCUAAUCCUAACCUUAAAACAUAUCUUCACCUUAAAAUGUAGUCAUUUACGUUAUGGGGACUCUUUGUCCCGACAAGGAAGACUAGUCCCCAUAAUGUGACUGUGUACAGGUUUAGGUCCCCACAACAUUAGUAAUACCUGGACACACACACAGGUAACUUCAGAACACGUCCACUCCCAGUUUCCAUGACGAUGUUCUUAACACGGUCCAAAGGUCACCAGUUCAGACUGAAGGAGCUCCAGGUGAGUCUGGUCACAUGACCGUCUGUCUGACAGUGGCUACAAUGUGAUAGGCUGCAUGUGAGCAUGUGAUGUCAUCAAAUAGGUUGUAACCUGGCAACUGGGUGUAACAAUGUAACAGAGAAGAAGAGAACGAGUGAGAGGAGCAACAGAAGAGAAGAUGGAGGAGAUGGAGAGCAGUGUGAUCCGACUGAGUCACUGUCAGAAGAACAUCUUCUGUUUCUCUGUGCCGGAGCGGUGUCCAAGCUGUGGAGACGAGCUGAGGGGGAGCAGACUGCAGGAGGCGCCAGUCAGCCUCCCCUCCCCCUUCACUAAUGGACACAAGAGCUCGUGCUGCCUGUUGAUCGCACCUGCACACGACAACCUGCACAGAGACUUUGAUGGAACGUCAGAUCUUCACACCGGCAUCUCCAGCACUCAAGGCCUUGUGUAUAACUACACUCAGAGUGGUGUCCGUAGAGAUCAGAGUGGGUGGGAGCACUGCGUCAGUGUUCCUCUGGUCCGACCAGACAUGUUCCACCUGAUGGAUCAGUGGGACCAGUACCUGGGUCGCUUCUCUGAAGGACCUAUGUGGGACCCUGUCUGGCACAGGUUUAAUGAGGACAACCAUAACUGCUUCAGUUUCUGUCUGAACUUUAUUAACAGCGUCCUGGCGGUGGAGGGGCGGAGCUCUCUCAGCAGAGAUGCCUUCACUCACAAUUUCAUCUUGCCGAGGAUGAGGAGGGUGUCUAAGUUCACCACACUAUACCAGCACAUCCAGAGACAGCAGUACUAUGUGGUGGACGGACAGGAGGACAGACAAUAAAGACAGGGGUUAAGGAGGAAGAGAAUGAUGGACAACUUCAAACUUUGAACUGUAGAGGGCAGCACUGCACCUCCUACAGUACAACCUGCAAAAGACAGACAAGAGGACAGACAGAAGAGACAGGAGGACAAACAAUAACAUGUCUGUGUGUUUUUCUCUGUUAUAUAUGAACGAGUGUUUUCUGUGUCACUGAACAUCUACAUACCUGUGAAUGAGUUAAUGAGUGAUCGUGUCAGUUUGUGUGAAUGAGUGAAUGUGUGAAUGACUGCGAGUGAUCGUGUCAGUGAUUGUGAAUGACUGUGUGAAUGUGUAAGUGAUCAUGUCAGUGUGUGUGAAUGACUGUGUGAGUGAUCAUGUCAGUGUGUGUGAAUGACUGUGUGAAUGUGUGAAUGACUGUGUGAUUGAUUGUGUCAGUGUGUGUGAAUGUGUGAAUGACUGUGUGAGUGAGUGAAUGUGUGAAUGACUGUGUGAGUGAUUGUCCAAAUUAGUAAAUAAAAUAAACAUGAACAGUU